UGAGGAUCAAGAAGAGGAGCAAGAGGGAGAGGUUGGGUUGGGACCGAGUUACGAUGACUCACUCGGGAAUUCUAACUCGACCCGGGACCCGACUAAAAUGCCGAGCCCGGUGGAGGGGGGGGCGCCGCCGCUGAUGAAGCCCAGAUACAAGGAGUGUUUGAAGAACCACGCGGUGGGUAUCGGGGGGCACGCCGUGGACGGCUGUGGGGAGUUCAUGCCGGCGGGAGAGGAGGGCACUCUGGAAUCCCUCAGGUGCGCCGCCUGCAAUUGCCACCGCAACUUCCACCGGAGGGAAAAUGAGGGCGGCGGCGGGGGGUUUGUUUUCCACCAGCGUCCGCACCAGCAGCAGCUGCUCUUGGCGCACCACCCACACGGGCAUUUCGGGUACCGCAGCCCCAGUGGGUACCUCCACGUUGCUCCGCCCCAGCAGCAGCAGAGGGCGGCGCCGCUGGCUCUGCCUUCCAGCUCCGGCGGCGGAGGAGGCGGCGCCGGGAGUGGGUCGAGAGAUGAGAUGGAGGACUAUUAUUCGAACCCCAGCAGCAGCGGUGGGAAGAAGAGGUUCAGAACGAAGUUCACGCAAGAACAGAAGGAUAAAAUGCUGAACUUAGCGGAGCGUUUGGAUUGGAAAAUUCAGAAGCAGGAUGAGGAACUGGUGCAGCAGUUCUGCAGCGAAGUGGGUGUGAAGAGGCAUGUGCUCAAAGUCUGGAUGCACAAUAACAAGCACACGCUUGGUAAGAAAACCUAAGAGGAUUGAAAAUUGAAAUAGAGCAGCCAGCAGAUCAAAAACGGGAAGUUCAAAUGGGGAUAUUGGAGGGAAAUUCUUAGUAUUCUAUGUGGAAAAUCAUGUGUUUGUGUUAUUAUUUUAUAUAGUAUGAUUUUGCAACUUUAGAGCUAGCUAGCAACAUUGCACGAGUGUGCAAGAAUUAGCAGAUGGGCACGAACUCAAAUUUAGGAUGGUGAUUUGAGAUUUCUGCUACCCCGGCCGGAAAUUUGUUCUCAUUGUUAAUGUUACUGAAUUCCAAUCGAAGUUAAAACUAGGGUUUUUCUCCUUUUACAUUCUUUGCAUAUGAUUUUCCAUUCUCC